AUGUUCUUGGUCAAGAUGUUUCAGGGCGAGGAAGAGGAGGAAGGCGAGGGGGCGGGCGCCAGCCUCGGGCCGGUGCUGCUGGAGGGAGGCGGCCCGCACCUUGGACGGAGGGUCCAUUUCCUGCUGCCCCACACAACCAUCCAGGAGCCCCCGCCCCAGCUUCAGGAGCGAUCCUUUUACCAGCGGCUGGAGCGCUUGCUGGGAGGAGAAAGAGGCGGCUUUGCAGCGCUCUUUGCGGCUGACGGCUGGGAGGACCUCCGAGCUUUCCAUCCUCCAGAGGACAAGUCCCUACGGAAGUGUCUGGUGAAGAGGAGCCCAGAGGGAGGCAGCUGGCCACAACUGGGCCAAGAGGUUACUGUGAAGAUGCUGGGAAUUCUGGAGGACCACAGCCUGGUGGAAAAGGACCCAAAGCUCACCUUUGUCCUCGGCCAGGGGGAGGCAAUACAGGCUUUGGACCUUGGCGUCCGCUCCAUGCAGCUUGGUGAAAUAGCCCUUUUCCUCGCUGGCCCUGCUUGUGCCUACGGUCACCUGGGCAGAGAGCCAGAUAUUCCCAAAGAUGCCACGUUGCUGUACGAGGUGACUCUGCUGCAUGUGCAGGACAGCCCGGACCUGUCGCUGUUGCCCACCAUGGAGCGCCUCAGCCUGGGCAACCAGAAGCGGGAGUGGGGCAACUUCCACUUUGAGCGGGGGGAGUACGAGCAGGCCCUGCACUCCUACCAGCAGGCUUUGCACGUCCUCUCCUUGCCGGGGACAGACUGCCUGAGCCAGGAGGAGGAAGAGGAGCUGCAUGACCAUCGGGUCAAAUGCCUCAACAACUGUGCAGCUGCCCAGAUGAAGCUGAAGCUUUUGGAUGAGGCCCUGGCAUCCUGCAAUGAAGUUAUACAGCUUGACCCAGAGAACAUCAAGGCACUUUACAGGAAAGGGAAGCUGUUGUCAGAGCGGGGAGAGGACCAGGCAGCCACCACUGUUCUGAAGAGAGCCCUGCAGCUGGAGCCAACUACCAAGGUGGGACAACAGGACACGCUAGGGGCAAAGUCAGGCAAAGGACAAUAG